CUCUCAAAAGAAUGGGUUUGUGUUAUUGUAAGUUAGACUAUACAUUACUGUAAGUCCCACCUGUGGUUAUGUGGGCAAUCACCAAUGCUGUGCAGAGUAUAGCCUAAAUAAUUGUAAAUUGUUGUCAUAACAUUUACAGUAUACCAUGAAUAUUAUCUGAAAUUGAGGCUUGUAAAUCCCACAGCAUGGCAAGUGGGCAUUUGCGUGUUGUUUUCAGCACCAUUUUCUGCGUAUGAUCCGGGACCUGUGCCUGUCUCGUCAUCCCUGCGCUGUCAUAUGUACUUUGUGUUCCUGCACCUUAUGAUUUAAAAAUUAAGCACUGGUUAAAUAUAUAAAUAAAUAUCAGAAAAAAUAUUUAAUAAUCAUUGAUCAUGAAUGAGUUAAUUAGCCUAUUAACAUAGUUAAUUGAACAUGAACUCAUUGUAUCGUUGUGAGCUCAUAUAGAAUAAUAUUUCAUUAGUGUGGCAGUAAAUAAAUGAUGAUAAUAAUAUAUGGAAAUAUAUAGAAAAUUGAAUCAUGCAGCUAGAAAUUGCAAAAUUCUAAAUUAAAAAGUAAAAAAAAAAUUGAAAUGUAAAACUUAAAUCAUAACAAAAAUAAAAUAGAGGGAAAUGCAGAAAAUUAAAAUUAUUGUAUAUUUAUAUUCAUUUAUAUAUAAUCAUUAAAAAGUUAAGUAAACAUUAAAAAAAAAAUAAAACGUAGGAAUUUAUGAAUAAAUUCCUCCUGCUUUAUUAUCAUUUAAAAAAAAUGUUAGGGCUGUCAAAAUUAUCGUGUCAACGGGCGGUUAUUAAUUUUCUUCAUUAAUCACGUUCAAAUAUUUGACGCAUUUAAUGCACAUGCCCGCUCAAACAAAUUAAAAUGACAGCACAGUGUCAUGUCCACUUGUUACUUGUGUUUUUCGGUGUUUUGUCGCCCGCUGUUGGCGCUAAGGUGCGACUGAUUUUAUGGAUUUCAGCACCAUGAGCAUUGUGUAAUUAUUGACAUCGACAAUGGCGAACUACUAGUUUAUUUUUUGAUUGAAAAUUUUACAAAAUUUAUUAAAACGAAAACAUUAAGAGGGGUUUUGAUAUAAAAUUUCUAUAACUUGUACUCACAUUUAUCUUUUAAGAACUACAAGUCUUUCUAUCCAUGGAUCACUUUAACAGAAUGUUAAAAAUGUUAAUGCCAUCUUGUUGAUAUAUUGUUAUAAUAAACAAAUACAGUACUUAUGUAUAGUAAGUUAAAUGUAUAACUCCGUCUUGUGUCUUAUCUUUCCAUUCCAACAAUAAUUUACAGAAAAAUAUGGCGUAUUUUAGAGAUGAUUUGAAUUGCGAAUAAUUACGAUUAAUUUUUUUAGCUCUGAUUAACUCGAUUAAAAAUUUUAAUUAUUUUUAAUUAAUUUUCUCUAUUUUUGUAUCUCUUCAUGGUUUUAGAUUUUCUCAUUUUUACCUUUAAGUUUCGAUACUUAGAUUUUUUUUUUUUACGAAUUGACUUAAUACAGUACUAUUUUUCUUAUGCACUGUUUUCCUCCAAUGCUUUAUGUAUAUUUCUUAACUCCUUGACUGCUAUUGACAGCGCUAGACGUCCAAUCCAUCUGAAGUGGGAGGGAUGGCAGCGAAUGAACGAAUCUACUCGUGAUAAACUCAUUUGCAUAUGUAUGAAUAGACAUCACAUGAUUGGUCGUCAAUGCCACAGUUAUUAUGAAACAUUUUUUUCCCUUUAGUUCGUGUGUGUCUGUGAACAAGCCACACCUAGACAAAGUGGGCGUGGCCACCCACAGGUAAAUCAUGCCCAAACCUGCUCACCUUGUCUGCAUUCUCAAAAAGUUUCAACUGCACUUUGCAAAUCAGAGCAUUUUUUCUCGAUAACUUGCAACCAUGGGCAAAGUAAAUUAUUAUUAUUCCAGUGUGACAGGCAACCUUGAGAUGAAGAAACAACAGCAGAGAAUCGAAAUGAUCCUCGACAGCAAGAAGAUAGAUUAUGAGAGGAUUGACAUUGCAGCGGAUGAUGGUGCUAAGGCUAAAAUGAGGGAGCUAGUAGGAGACCCCAAGGCAUUGCCCCCACAAAUUUGCAACGGAGACCAAUAUUGCGGGGAUUUUGAGAAGUUCGAGGCAGCAGUUGAGAGUGAAGAACUUGAGGCCUUUCUCAAACUGUGCUGAAGAAUCUUCUACCAUGUUCCAAAUAAAUGCUUUGCUGACAAAUUUGUCAGACAAUUUUACUUUGGUUUCUUCACAAAAAACAAUAAACAAUUGAAAAUGAAUUCAUUUGUCUG